GAGGAGGAGUACGUAGCCGAUGCCGCGCCGCCAUGUCCCCGGCGGCGCCCCUGGAGCCGCGGCUGUGUCGGGAAUGCGGCCGCGCCUCCGCGCUGGGGAGAGCCUGGCACGGCAUACGAGUCGGAGUGGUACUGCCACCGCUGCUGGGACGCCUGGGACUGGGACUGCUCGGCCGCGCCCGCCGCGGCCGCGCCAGAGGACGAGGCCCAGCUGCCGUGCCAGGGCUCGCUGGCGCAGGCCCUGCGUCGCUACUCCAGCGACAGCUCCGUCUCGUUGCUCGGCCUCCGCGGCCUAUCGCCCAGAUGCCGGAGGUUCCUCGCCGCGCCGGCGCCGCACGGCGCGCCGCGGGCGGCAGAUUGCGGCAGCCGCGGGCGCGGGAUGUGCGCGCUGCGGGUGGCCGAGGGGCUCGAGCCGCGAAUCCUGGCCCUCCGCGCCGAGCUGCUGCCCCAGCUGCUGCCCCAGCUGCUCUCGGAGGGCCCUGCGGGGACGGGGGGCACUGGCGCCGGUGGCGGCGGUGGCGAGGCGGGUGUCGGGGCGCUCGCGGAGGCGCUGGCCUCCAGCCGCUCUUUUGCGCGCUUCUGGGUGGGGCCAGAGCGCGGCCCGUUCCUGCUGCCCGCGCUGCGCUGCGUCAAGCAGUCGCUGCCGCUCGAGGACGUCGUGUCUGGGCUCGCGGAGGCAGCUCGCCCUGGACGCAGGAAGCAUUACGAGUCGGCCCUCACGCUCACUGACGGGCUGGACUUUCGCUGCCCAGUGGCGCUCCCGCCGAUCGGCACCCUGGCCCAGCUGAUGGAGGUGCUGAACUACGGGACGGUUUUCCUGAACACUGCGUCCCUGCACUGGAAGUCACUCGCGCAGAUCUGCCUGGCAGCCAGCCGCGCGCUGCACUUCCCCACCAACAUCAACGUCUACGUCACGGGAGGGGGCCGCGCGAUCUCCACGGACGUGCACACGGACAACCACGACGUGCUCAUCUUGCAGACAGAGGGUGCAAAACGUUGGACUGUUUACCCGCCGCCCCAGCGAGCGCCAGGCAAGGCCCACCCGCUGUACCGCGGGAAGGAGGAGGACAGGCUCCUGGCGUCAGAGCUCGCAGAGCCGCUGUUGGAGGUGGUGCUCAGGCCGGGGGAGGUGCUGUUCAUCCCCAUGGGCUUCCCGCACGCCACCAGCACACAGAUGCCCGAGCCGGCGACGCAGCCCGACGCGGUGGCCGCGGACGCGGAUGGCAGCGUCUCCGUGCAUUUGACGCUGGGCAUCUCGGCGGCGGACCACGACUUCUGCCUGGGCGGGCUCCGGCGCAGCCUCCUCGAGAGGUUGGGCGAGGGCGCCGCGCUCGACGAGCCCGCGCUCGCCGACGGGGCCUUCUGGGAGCUGUGGUCGCCCACCCCCGCUGGCUGCCUCCUGCCCGCAGCCCUGCGCUCUGGCGUGCCACAGCCGGCCGCCAAGCUG